AUGGUUCCCAGGGGUGUUUUCUUGCUAGCAGCGGCCUUGCAGGUGGCUGCAGAUUCUUCAUCUUGUUGCCAAGCUCUCAAACGCAAGUUGCCUGCCCAAGUUUUCAACGACCAUGACGCGACCUAUGCUCAACUCAACAACCAACGCUGGUCCAACACCAGUAUCCUCGCUCCUAGCUGCGUCUUUGAGCCAAAAUCAGCACUAGAUGUGUCGAAGGGCGUCCAAGUCCUAGUCGAGCGCUCGUGCCCAUUCUCCAUUAAGUCGGGUGGACACAAUCCUAUACCCGGCGCGAACAACAUCGAUGGAGGAGUUUCCAUGGUUCUGGGCUUGUUGAAUAAGAUUGAUCUCACCCCAGAUCGGUCGUUCGUCGGCCUGGGUCCUGGAGCCAAAUGGGGUCAAGUGUAUAGCAAACUCGCGGGCGGGGACAACGUAUCUGGCCUCCUUGUGCCUGGCGGCUUGUGUGGAGGUACUGGCGUUGGUGGAGUUUCUACAGGUGGCGGAGAGUCGUAUUUGCUCGCAAGCCAUGGGUGGGUGGUAGACAACGUGAUCAACUACCAGGUCGUGCUCGCAUCGGGCCAAAUAGUCAACGCCAACCAGAAGUCAAACAGCGACCUGUACCGUGCGCUAAAGGGCGGCGGUAAUAACUUUGGUAUCGUCACGCGUGCCGACGUGGCUGUGUUCGAACAGCCUCAACUCUGGGGUGGCUCUAUUCUACUCCCCUACUUCCCGGAUUCUGCCGUGGCGACUCUGUACGCCAUCACUAAUUUCACCGCCGGCAACAAUAUCUACCCAAACAAUGGAGCUCAGGUCGUCAUCACCUACACCAGCACUGGCACUGCGCUCAUCGCCCUCUCUGUUGCGAGCACCGACGGUACCGUCAACUCAACGGGUCUAACACCCUUCACUUCGCUCCAACCUCAAAUCGCCAAUACGGUCGGCCUCCGCAGCAUUAGCGACAUCGUGGCGGAGCUCGACGGAAAUCAAGGCGAUGGUUUUCGAGAUACCUCAGCGACCAUCACGUUUGCCAACGACCCUGCUACCUUAUUUGCUGUGCACAAUGCAUCAGACCAUAUCUAUCUGAAGUAUAACGCCACAGUUCCCUAUCUCGACUGGGUGAUGUUCUACGUUCCAACCGCUAAGAUCGAUGGCACACAUGCUGAAGCCCGGGGCGGUAAUGUCCUGGGACUCGACGACGAAGAAAAGGAUCUGAUUGUGGCAUUCAUUACGCCACGUUGGCUCGACCCGGCGUAUGACCACAUCAUGUACGAGAUGACUGCGGCGUGGGUCGACGCCGUCAAGAGUGUGACGGUCAAGAUGGGCACCGACCACCCCUUCUUGUACCAGAACUUUGCCGCUGCGACGCAGAAGCCGCUCUGCGGGUAUGGUGCGAAGAACGUUCAAUUUAUGCAGAGCGUAUCAAAAAAAUAUGACCCUAAGAGUGUGUUUCAAAAGCUCGUGCCAGGUAAGCAUUUUAUCUUUUAUAUAAGGCUUUAG